AUGUCUUCCAAUACCUCUGAUAACUUAGAGCUGGAAUCUGUUAGUACUAUCUCUCUUACUGUACCAGUUUUUAAGCCCAGAGACCCUCAUCUUUGGUUUGCACGACUGGAACAUUAUAUGGCUAGCAAUAAGCUCACGUCACAGACAGCUAAAUUUGGCAUUUUGAGUACAGUACUACCAGACGAAGUCGCCGAGCAGGUACGGCAAUACAUCGUCCAACCCAGCACAGAAGCGCCUUACGACAAGUUGAAGGAAGAGGUACUGCGAUGCACUUCGCUUUCAGAUAGGCAAGCACUCGAUCGCCUGUUAAGCAAUGUUGAGUUAGGUGAUAAAACCCCAUCUCAACUCAUGAGGCAUAUGCAAAGCCUAGUUGCAGGAAGAGAAAUCGAUAAACGUCUCUUUUACCAAAUAUGGCUACGACGACUUCCCGCAAACAUCCAGCAGGUUCUUGCUUUCGGAGACGACGACAUUGACAUAGAAAGGCUCACCGAAAUCGCGGAUCGCAUGUACGAGAGGUCAACACCUCAAUCUGUCGCUUCCACUAGCAGAAUACCAGACACUCAUGAUAGAAUACAGACUCUAGAACACAAAGUCGACACCUUACUGAGUCAGUUAGCAAAACUGACCACACGCACACAACCAAGCCGUUCUAGAAGCUCGUCUCGUCGACGUCUUUCUCGAUCCCCUAGCACGUCACGACAUCGCGAUAAUAUUUGCUGGUAUCACCGUAGUUAUGGAAGCAAUGCACGACGGUGCCGUUCACCUUGCGACUUUCAGACUAAACCAAAAGAUAUAUCGUCAUGUGUAAAAAAUUCUGUUGGCAACCUACGAUCUAAAAGUCGUUUGUUUUAUGUAACAGAUAAAAAUACCGGUACUACAUUCUUAGUUGACACAGGAGCAGAGGUGAGUGUUCUCCCUCCGUCUACACAGGAACGUCAACAUUCUGACCGAGCAAUUACGCUCCAAGCUGUUAAUCAGUCCAGUAUUGUUACAUAUGGAACUAAACGAAUGACUUUAGAUUUUGGUUUAAAGAAUACCUACACUUGGUCUUUCAUCAUUGCAGACGUCCCAUCCCCAAUCCUCGGUAUCGAUUUUCUACAGCAACACAAACUGUUAGUUGAUCCGAUGAGCCCCAAGCUUAUAGACUCGCUCAAUAAAACGUACAUUGCUGGUACGAUUAGCCGUGCAUCAUCGUUGAACUUGAUGGUCACACGCACACCAGCAUCUCCAUAUACCAAUUUGGUAAAUCAGUUUCCUGACCUUUUACAACCUUCUUUUCGAGGAACAGAACCGAAGCAUCAUGUGGUUCAUCAUAUUAAAACCACUGGACCGCCAGUUUUUGCACGUCCACAACGCCUUGACCCACAUCGACUUAAAAUCGCAAAAACAGAGUUCGAUAAAAUGCUAGAGCUUGGUAUUAUUCGACCGUCCAACAGCUCUUGGUCUUCACCGCUUCACAUGGUACUCAAAAAGUCUUCUGGUGAGAUACGGCCGUGUGGUGAUUAUCGAGCUUUAAACAAGCAAACGAGCGUAUCAUCAUAUCCCCAUCCACCCGGAUGA